AUGCUUAUCGCUACCCUGCUUGUCGCUGUUGGUACCUCAUUCUGUGCUGUUUUUCAGAGCCCAUUAAUUUGGAGGACGCCCUCAAAGGUUGAAAUGAUAAGGCGGGAGCAUUUGGAACGGUUAGUAGACCCUUCCGCAAGCCAGCAAUCUAACAUCGAUCUAGUUCACACUAUAGUAGACGAGAACGAAGACUACGAUUUCGCGCAACUUGUCACAAUUGGAACACCCGGCCAAAAAUUUCUUCUUUGGCUUUCUACACAUUCGUCAAUGGUUUGGGUUCCUCAUCCUGACUGCACUUCGGUUGUCUGUUCCUACACCGAAAAAUUUACACCUGAGAUGUCAGAAACGUUUAUCGGGUCGAACACAAAAUGGACGAGCAUCAGCUACGGUGGAACUGCAAAUGGAACUGUAGGAAGUGAUGUAAUAAAAAUUUUCGGCGUAAACGGGACGGAACUAACGGUUCUCAGAACACCUUUUGGAUUGGCAACGAACGUAGAAACCCGUUAUAGAAAUGUCGAAUUUGAUGGCGUUCUUGGCCUCGCGUACACCGCAAAUAAUGGAAGCCGGAUCAAACCUUUCAUCGUUUGGGCAAUAAACCAAGCAGCGCUCAGGGAGCCUCUGUUCACCGUAUGGCUAUCCCAUCCUACAUUCGACUCCGGCAAAUAUGAUGGAAUAAUUACGUAUGGCUCAGUCGACACAAAAAAUUGUGGAGAAGUGAUUGGAUACGCAAAUUUCUCGUCCGAGUUAUUUUAUCAGUAUAGGGUGGAUGCGAUCUCAAUGGGUCAGUUCAAAAGCAGUGGUGAGCUUGAAGUUAUGCAGGAAUUUAACGGUUGGAUAACAGGUCCACCUUCCAUGGUCAAGGAGAUGGCAGAGAUAGCUGGGGCACAGUUCAAUACCCAACAUUCCGUCUACAAGAUUGAUUGCAAUGCCAGAUUCCCUGAUUUAGAAAUCGAAAUUGGUUCAGAUACUUAUUCGAUCAAGCCCAAGAAUCUUAUAGUGAAAGUCACCAAUGACCUCUGCAUUUUUAUGAUGGCACAUGGCGAGCCGAACUCUACAAAGUGGUAUUUCGGUGCACCGUUCAUUCGAGAGUACUGUACGAUUUUCGACAUUGGAGGAAAGCGGUUUGGAUUUGCAAAAGCAAAUCCGAAUAUGUCAGAGCACACAACAACUCUAUCUUUUCGUCGAACUUCGAGGAAAUUAGCACCCUCCUUUGCAACGACGACAGAGCGAUCACGAGCUACAACCACAAAAGGGGGCGAUGUUUCAAUGCUUUCCAUACAGUGCCUAAUUAUCGCGACCCACUACUUGUUUUUGAGGAUUCUCUAUGGACAUACCUUCGUAAAAGAUUGA